AUGUGCCGUUGACGUUGACGACGUACGCCGCACCCAACGACCGCCAAACUGAGCACACUUCCUCUUUGGCAUCAACAACAUAACAUCCUUUUUAGUCUCAUUCAUGGCGAUGCUUUCUACUCCGGAGACGGUCAUGAACAUGGACGGAUCUGCAUCUGCAUCUGCAUCUGCAUCUGCUUCUCCGGAGGUGGUCGUUUCCGAUCCCUCACCAUCGUCCCCCGACGGAUCGCGCUCUAGCGGCUCACCUGAUCGCACCUCUUCUCCAAGCCCUAGUCGUGGUGGUGAAAAUCAGUCUGAAGUCAUAUCGAGGAGUGAAGAGUAUCGGCAAUUAUUUCGGCUCCCAGCUGACGAAGUCCUUGUUCAAGAUUUCAACUGUGCUUGUCAAGAGAGUAUUCUUCUCCAGGGUCAUAUGUACCUCUUCAUUCAUUAUAUCUGCUUUUACUCUAACAUCUUUGGCUAUGAGACCAAGAAAAUUAUUCCAUUUGCGGAUAUCUCUUGUGUUAAACGAGCAAAGACUGCUGGUAUUUUCCCCAAUGCCAUUGAGAUUUUAGCUGGAGGCAAGAAGUACUUUUUUGCAUCCUUUCUUUCCCGUGAUGAAGCUUUCAAGCUUAUCCAUGAUGGAUGGGUUGAAUAUGGUUGUGCUGUCAAAUCCCAAGCCCAGAUUCAGGAUUCUUUUUCUGAGUCCAACAACCAGGUAAACGAUGGAGUUGUUCAGAGUACUUUGGAUUUGGCCAGUGAGCUUGAUUCCCCAUCAAGGGAUGAAACACCUCGUCUUUCAGGCAGUUCCAGCGUUCCUGUUAUUACUCAAAAUGGCGUUUCACCUUCAUCUGUAAAUCUUCAGCGGCACACAGAACCACUUGUAGAUAGUGUGGCCUCUUCUUCAACCAAUAUCUUGAACUCCAAGCCUGAAGACUUAAAUGCACCAAAAUUAUCAUCUGAUUUUACAAAGGUAGCAGAGGCAAAAUUUCCGAUUCCAGUAGAAGAGUUCUUUAGAUUGUUUUUUUCAGAUGCGGCUGUCAGUUUUGUUGAAUCUUUCCAUAAAAAUUGUGGAGAUAAAGAGUUUAGGUGUAGCUCUUGGGAACCUCAUGAAAAGCUUGGACACACUCGCAAUGUCUCAUUUCAGCAUCCGAUAAAAAUAUAUUUUGGUGCAAAGUUUGGUGGCUGCCAGGAGUCACAGAAAUUUCGGAUGUACAGAGAUAGCCAUUUGGUUAUUGAAACAUCGCAAGAGAUCACCGAUGUGCCUUAUGCAGAUUACUUUACGGUAGAGGGGGUCUGGGAUGUGAAAAGAGAUUGCAAAGACUCGAUAGAAGGUUCUAUACUGGAUGUUUAUGUCAAUUUGGCCUUCUCUAAGAGAACAGUGUGGAAAGGAAAAAUAGUGCAGUCAACUUUGGAAGAGUGUAGAGAGGCUUAUGCAGCAUGGAUAAGAAUGGCACAUGAACUGUUGAAACAGAAGAAGCUGGAGAACCAAGAAGGUAUCAAGUUGAGUGAGGAUGGUGCCGUGAGCUCAGCAAGCGAAGAAAGAGUAUCUGAAUGUGAAGAGCAGAGGGUGGAGAUAGCAAGAGGAAGAGGAGGAGGGGUAGUGAAUAUUUUAAGGGAAUCAUUAAUGAAUGUGACAUCAUUUGUGAAGAGGCAAAGCUCGACAAAGCAGGCUUUAGUAAUAGCGUUUGCAGUGAUCCUACUUAUGCAGGUGACGAUAGUGGUGCUUCUGAAGAGAGGACCGGAGCAAGUGCAAAUGGGUAGUGAAUACUACAGCAGCUACGACAAGAGUGGAAUUGGGGAGAGUGUUGGAUGGUUGGAGAAGAGAAUGCAUUUCCUGAGGGAGGAGAUGAUUAUGGUUGAGGAUAGGUUGCAGAGGAUGCGACAAGACCACGCUGCCUUGAAGGCUCAGCUCCACCAAUUGGAACGCCUCCUUCUCCGCCACCAACAAUGAGAUAAUUCUGCUGGCGGAUUUGUAUCUAUAUGUCUGUAUGUAUCAUGUAUAAGCUUUUGUAUUUUCGGAUGUUAGUUUGCAAAGUUACACCCACGGGUAUGAUAUGGAUCAGUGUUGUAAGUAUUGGACAUUGUUUGUUUCUCAACUGCAAAUCUUUCUAUA